AUGAGAAUGGCGGCAGAGGAACGAUCUGGUUGUUUUUCAAGCGCUGUCCCUCAGCGCUGCCGCUCCUCGCGCCCGAAAGCACCCGCGGCCCUUAAACACAGCAAAAACAGCAGCUCACACAUCACCCCUUCCCUCACGCGGGCGCCAUCUUGGGCCGGGACGCGGGCCGUCGCCGCCAUGGCGCGGGGGGUGAUGGGAAAAGCGCCUGGGAAACGGGACAACAAAAACGCUUCUCGGGGGACGGAGGGGCCGCGCCGGCGGUCGGUACCGGGGGAGGCACACGAGGAUCAUGAUACUUCUGCUGAGAAUGCAGAUGACUCUAACCAUGAUCCUCAGUUUGAGCCUAUAGUUUCCCUUCCAGAGCAAGAAAUAAAAACUCUGGAGGAGGAUGAGGAAGAGCUCUUUAAGAUGCGAGCGAAGCUCUUCAGGUUUGCAUCAGAGAAUGACCUUCCAGAGUGGAAAGAGCGGGGAACUGGUGAUGUGAAACUCCUGAAGCACAAGGAGAAGGGAACCAUUCGCCUCCUCAUGAGGAGGGAUAAAACCCUAAAAAUCUGUGCAAACCAUUACAUCACACCCCUAAUGGAGCUGAAGCCCAACGCUGGGAGCGACCGGGCGUGGGUGUGGAACACACACGCGGACUUUGCAGACGAGUGCCCCAAGCCCGAACUUCUGGCAAUCCGGUUCCUAAACGCAGAGAAUGCACAGAAAUUCAAGGCAAAAUUUGAAGAAUGCAGGAAUGAAGUAGGCAAGACAACAAAGAAAGCAGGCACAGACAAAAAUGAUAGUGCUGAUAAAGUUGCUGAAAAACUAGAAGAGCUUUCUGUAAAGGAAGAGAGCAAAGAAUCUGAGAAGAAAGAGACCAAGGAAAAAACUGAAGAAAAGCAAUAAAAUCAUCCUGGGCCUUGCAGUUUUUCCUUUACUUUUUUAUUUCUCUUAUUUUUUUUUCUUUUUUCUUUGUUUUGGUUAUUUUUUUCAUUUUUACAAGGGACUUUAUAUGGAACUGCAUUCAACAUUCACAUUGUUUUUUCUAGGCUUUUGCCCUUUGGAAGGUGUCUUCAGAAAAAUUCAUUCCCCAGUCAUGAAAAUGUACUGUGCUAACUUUCUUUUCCAUAGUGGAAACACUUAUUUACAGUUAUCCAAAAGAGUGAAUAAAACAAACUUGAAAACAGCAUCAGGGGACAGAACUGAGUUUUCUGUAUACUGUAAAGGCUUAUGAAUACACUUGUUUAAUUGAGCUACAUAUCAUCAUUCCUGUGGAUUAAGUAGGUUAAUAGACUUUGUCAGCAGGGAAGAUUAAGAUUGCAUUUGUGUUUCUUAUUUGGCUUCUAAAUUGUAAUCUAACAGACCUUUCACACCUGCUGCUGUGUGUACUGAGCAGGGAAUGUGCCUGUGCUUCUUGAAAUGCAGCAGACUUCUGGAAUCAGGCAAUAAGAGCAUUCCUGGCACACUGCUGCUGCUGAUCCCUCAGAAAAUAAAGGUGAUGGUGAAAGAUCCAUGGUGAAAAUAAAGGUGGGGGACAAAAUUUCUUGUGCCAGAUUUGAGAAGCGUUUUCUUCUCACAAAAUGAAAUUUGUGCUUCCCCCCCCUGCCCCAAAUUUUGAUUUUAGCAGAAAGCUCCUGCUGUUGUCCCAGAUCUUCCAUGGUGCUGCUUGCUGACUGAAGGCAGCUGCAGCAGCCUGUUGUGCUGAGGGCUGUGCAAAGGAAUCUGAGCUGUUUGAGUACCUUCCUGAGAGAUCCCCCUUGCCAGUAUAUUGUUGUAGUCUCAAGAAUGUACAGGUCUAAAAUGUGUAAGCUUUUUUCCCAGGGCUUUGGAGCUUGUGUUUUUACAAACUGGAGGAGUUUUGAACUUCUCAGAUGUUUGCUAGGGAGGCUGUCCUUGGAGAGCAGCAGGCUGGAAUUCACUUUGGAACAGUUAAUUAUGGUGCACAUGCUUUGAGGGACACCCUCCUUGCCAGAAUAGGCAAAUUGGUCAAAUCUCUUCCUUGCAAAUAUUUUUUGUUUAUCCAAUUUCAAAUUAAUGUUAGAGAGUAAGAAAAUAAACUAUAGUAAGCAAUAAAAUCAACACAAUUAAGUCUGGUAGAUAAAUUGAAUUUUGUUGUUUAACACUAAUACAAGGAUUGUGUUAGGAAUAGAGAUGAAAGUUUAAAUAGUUUCCAAAAUAAUUAUGAAAAGUGUACAAACCUUGCUGAACUGUAAGACUGAAUGAUGUUAACAUGGGAUAGCAAGACCUUUUUGUCUUCAUGAAGAGGUUUUUAACUCAGUCAGGUUCUGCAGUCUGCCUAAGAAAAAUAUAUUUUUAAAAAAUAAAUCAUGUCUUUCUUAGCACUGCCUUUUGAUGCUACAGUGAAUGAGUCUUAAAUCUGGAACUGUAAUUAAGGUACUCACUUCAUUCAAACAAAAUAAUUCCUUUGGUGUUUUGCACGUUCCCCUUCAACUACAGCAGAUAUCAAAAGUCUGUUAAUUAACAGAGAUGGUUGAAAGGCAAAAAUAAAAUGCUCUUUAGUGUUUCUGGUUUGGAAGUAACAAGACAAAGCUAUUUUGAAGUAUUUAACAUUUGAAUGUAAAAGCCAAAUCUUUUAUCCAUGAAUCACUGUAAAUGAUCUGAUAAUGUCAAACUGUGUCUAAAUUGAUAGAAAUGACUUAAAAAUUUCAAAAUAAACUUAAAUUUUCAUUUAAA